AUGGGCUUCCAAGAGUGUGAUGACAUCGAGCGUGUGGUCCAUGAUGCAGGAUUGCAGAACGAGUACACGCGGAUUCAGGGACCCCACGCGCUAGGUGUGGCGUACCGAAAGUCCACCUGGCAAGAGCUUGGCCGAGGGCAGACUGAUAUUGCCGAAGAUAGGAGAGAUCAGUGGUACGGCCAACGAGGAGUGCAGUGGGUUCGUGUGCAACACAGACAAAAUGGCCGGACAGUGAUUUUCCUGAAUUUCCAUGGCCCGCUUCCACUUAGUAGUGGUGGCAAAUGUGGCUGUGAGGCCACUGCCUACAACAUCAUGCGAGUAAUCGGUGAAAAUGCAGACUCCAAUGAUGAUGUGAUCCUCGUAGGUGACUUCAAUUCCGUCACAGGGUCCCCGACCAUCCAGAAGUUGUCUGAGCGCAUGCACCGCGUUUUCAGUGGCAAUUCGCACGGUGGCGUGGACCACAUUUUCAGCAGUUGCCCGAGCGUCAAGGGCACCUGGAAUUUAGGCACUGGUGGCAGUGACCAUGAUGCUCUCAGCGCUCUCAUUGAGGCUUGA